AUGGAUGUACAGGCCGUCAUCUCGACCGACUCUAAUAGUGCAGUCAAAACGAAGCCUGAUUCUGAGACUGCAAAGCCUGGCAACAGCAACGGAGACGGCUGGAAUGAGGUCAAGUCUGAUUCUGACACCGCAAAGCCUGACAACAGCAACGGAGAUGGCGGCAAUGUGACAUCCAACACCUCUCAGGAAGAUACAGCGCCACCAGACAAUGGUGGAGAAGCCACAACAGCGACUACUGACACCCAGCAGACUGACGGGCAGCAACCAGGCGCUGAGGAUUAUGUAGUCUCACUUGAAGUGCUGAAGAAAACUUGGACGGCCAGAGAGAAAAGUCACACUUUGAUGAAUGUUGUAGUAGUUUUUCACGAUAACGACGAAGGGCAAGUGAAACUUGGCAGCUUUAAAGCUAGCGAGGGGUAUCGCGUCACUUUUAACAUGCACUUUGAAGACCGCCGAGCAAAUGCUUUGAUUGACGUACGAUUUCCUAUCAACGAAUCCAAACUCCUGCACGGAAAACCAGAUUUUCAUGUCCACGAAACCGCCGACUACAAAGACGACGCGAGCAAGAAGCAGCGACUUCAAUUUGAGUUCUUGAAAGAGGAACUUUGCAAAUUCAAAGGUCGACAAUACCUCCAAGAAUAUUACAGCAAGACGAGAAAUCCACUACCCGCAAAGCAGAGCUUCGAAGACGCAGAAAUCGCUGGUAUUAUUUUAGGAUAUGCUGAGAUGCGAGAGUUCGACUUAGUGAGGGAGGUUAUUGCCGACCUUCUCAAAGAACCUCGUGACUUCGUCUUCUGCCCUGCAGAUACUAGGCUGACAAAAAACGGGUUGCCAAAGACCUACGCUGUGUACGGUCGGCUCCCGGAAGGCUCGCUCAUGCAACAAUUCUUCGCACCAGGGGAAAGCGGCGUCAUACUCGUCGAUCAAGGCAAAGAGGCAAAAACUGCCACUGCAUGGCCCUAUGUAGCGCGACCAACUCUUCCUGGGCACGAGGUCUACGGUGAUCUCUUCAUAUUCGUCCAUCGACCAGAUGAAGAUGUGAGAGAAGUUUCCUCGGCACCUAAGCCGGAGCAGCAGCCCGAAGAUUUUCAAAAAGCCAAGGCGACGAUUUGCCCAGUAAUCAGUGAUCAAGCACAUCGACGACUUGUCAAAGCAGCAAACCGUUUGUUCACUAAGGCAGACCCAAAGUUCGAUGAUAUUCGGACUUUACACAUGGGUAGAGAUUUCAGACCAUCUGGUGACCGUCAGCUCUUCUUCAAUGACCCCAAGAUCACCGACAAGCAAGAAAAAGAGCUUAGAGCUCGUUCAGAAAUCUUGAUAAGCAGCCAAGCAGAAGCAGUCGAGCAUAUGAUGUCUUCUCAACAUCUUCUUUCGUUGGUACAGGGCCCGCCUGGAAGUGGUAAUACCUUCAUGGCGAGCAUAUUUGGAGCUAUGUGCAAGGAUCUGGACCUUGACGAGAAAAAAGCCCGAAAGUCAGACGUCAUCCGAUAUUCCAAUGACAACGACGAGGCAAGGAAUGUCAUGGCGCUCUACAGUUCGUUACACGGGCAUGUCGACAGUCGUCAAGAAAGUGUCAAUACAGACAAAACUCCUGACAAGAAGUUGCCUGUAGCAACCGACAAGGCUUAUAUGAAGACAAUUCAAGACAACUUGUUACGUACUGAUACUAUGUGGUCUGGGAAGAAACAUAGUGCAAAUGUCUGGGAGGGAGCCUCGCUUCAUCGUCGACUUCUGGAGAGUCUUGGGAUCCUCGUCGAUGGUAAACUAGUGAAAACGAAACCAGAGCUUGACGUCGAGCAUCCGCUAAGAGUCUUCUUCGACGCCUUCUGGGACCCUGAUUAUGAGAGCAAGUCUGAACAAGAAGCCUUAGAAAAAAAUUUACCGUCAUCGACGAGGACCAUUAAUACUGGCGAUUAUCUAGACGCGUCAUUCAAGAGCGCUGAGGACGAGAGCAAGUCUGGGUCGACGACAGAACCUUCGAUCGAAACGCCUGUUGUGCGAGAAUUCCCGAGUAUUCGAUCCUUGGCCAUAGAUGCGUUUAGCCAUAUCCUCGGCAAGGCAAGCACCGUCCACGCUACGCUCUCCAACUCGGACGCAACAACUCUCAGGAAGGCUAUUUCACCUGAAGUUAUUGUAAUUGACGAGGCAAGUCUAGCCAAAGAUCUCGAAAUCCUUAUGCCGAUUCUCAAUAAUGUCGACUCGACUACCUUGGUCGUGAUCAUUGGUGAUCCGAGGCAGCUAGCGCCAGUCGUGGUUUCAAAAUAUGCACAGACCGAAAACGAAACACCUGCCAAUCCAUUCGCACGUCAAGAAGAGUAUUCUUUCUACACCCGACUUUACCAGAACAAUUUCCCUUGCUUCAUGCUUACGGAGCAACACCGCAUGACAGAAGGACUGUCAAAGUUAUGCAACAUUUUGUCAUACGAUGGCAAUGUCGUCGACGCAAUAGAGACUCGUUUGCGAAAUCGUUCAGUCUCUAAAGAAAUCAUCAAGUUCUUGACGGAGACGCACAAAAUAAAGACCGACACCCCUCAUGUAUUCUUGAAUGUCGAAAAGGGCGUAACGAUUGUCAGUGAGUCAAAGAGUCGGUAUAAUCUCGAGAACAUCGCCGUCUGUUUAAAUCACAUCAAGCAAGUCCUCCAGAAAACCACGAUGACGCUUAAAGAUAUUACAAUCAUAGCUCCAUACAAGGAACAGUUGCGUAAGUACCACGUGGUACUGCACGAACUACAGCGCAACGAUGCUUUCUGGAGAGCGCAAGAUAUCUCUAAGCUCGGAGUCAAAACGACGGACACCUUUCAAGGUGACGAGAAUGGCGGGGUCUAUUUCGAUCAGACGACAUCCUAUUAUCGCCGAUGUACCAUCGGACAUAUCUCUAAUCCAAGACGACUGAACGUCGCUAUAUCACGAGCAAUCAAUUUCUUUUGCGUUGUCGGCGACAUCGAUACCUUACAACGAGACAAGGAAUUACGUCGAUUCAGAGCGGCUGCCGAAGACUCGGUAGAAAUUACGAGUGAUGAAGUUCAAGAGAAUCAGAAAACCUUGUCACGUCUUCACGCCUACUAUGAUGGUAUGCACGUCCGCGUAAAUGUCCGGGACCCGCAUGAAUUGCCCGAAGCGAAAUGGAUCAAUUUCUCCACAUCGAACGACGAGAUGUUGGAAUUCCAAAAGACCUACGCAUGCAAACAUUGUGGAGAGUUCUUCGCGCAUAGGAACUUAGAUUGUCCUCGUAGAGAGGAAUCCAUAGCGGAGAAGCGAGCUGCCAAGAACAAAGACAUGAAGUGCUAUAAUUGUCAAGAACUUGGUCACCAUUCGAGUGAUUGUGACAAGCCUAAGCGAGAAAAACAGGUCAAGACAUGUCGCAAUUGCAAUAAGCCGGGUCAUAUAGCUUCUCAAUGCCCUGAUAUCCAGUGCAGCAGAUGCCUCGAGACAGGACACAUGGUCAAGGACUAUCACGGCAAGGAGAUGAGAUACUGCCAAAAAUGCGGCAAACAAGGCCACUUGUCGUCAAUAUGCCACUUCAAAAAUGCACUAGGCAAAGUAAAUAUCGGCCUAAAGUUACCUGGUCGCAAGCAGAAAGAAGUCAACUCGGAAUUCCUACCACUGGACGAGUUGGAGGAGGAAAACACCGAAACUGGUCAGCCAGAAGGUUGGUUAGGAGUUGCGGCCACCGACUCAAGUCCGCCACAGCAGCCUGCAGCUUGGGGAGAAAAUGAUGGCGAAGCCGUGAAAAAGGCAGACGAGGAUGCUAGUCAAGCAGAGAAGGAAGGAGACGAAAAUGCUGGUCAAGUAGAGCACACGGCGGACGAGAACGGAUCUUCGCAAGAUCCCAGCCUUUGGCGUGCUGAGGCAAAGCCAACUGAGAAUGUCACGUGGUGA